UGGCGCAGGCGCAGGUCACAAGUUUGACGGUGAACCUGAACAGUGCGACUCUGCCACUCACCUCCAUAGUGACGCUGGGGCCCCAUGUUGAUUCAGUGCAGGUAUAGAGGCUAAAGUCACCACACAUGGCUCUCAGGCGGUGCUGGAGGUUCACAGGAGUAGUCCCGCGGAUGCUGUGUCCGAGAAGCGUCCGGCCCGGUGCUUCUGUCCCGGAAGGAAGGAGCUCUGUGCCCGGCCUCGAUCACACUCCCCUCGGGUGCAGAAACACAGAGUGGCUUCUGUACAGGGGAUUCACUUCAGCGCCAACCAGCACAGAUGUGACCUACGAGCAGCUGAAGCAGCUCCUGGCUGGCAGAAAAGCUGUGGUUAUAGAUGUCAGGGAGCCCUGGGAGCUCAGAGAGUACGGCUUUAUCCCUGGGGCCAUUAACAUCCCCUUGGGACAGUUGAACACUGCCCUCCAGCUUGUCCCAGAUGAUUUCAGAGAAAAGUAUGGUGGUGAAAUGCCCGAGCAGACAGACAACAUCGUGUUCACCUGUCUGGCAGGGAUUCGGAGUGAGAGGGCAGUCAAGGAAGCUGCCUCGCUGGGAUACAAAGACAUUUAUCAUUACCCGGGUGGAUGGAAAGACUGGGCGGCGAAUGAGCAUCACAACUGAUCCAGGGUUAAAAGAAAACAUAAAACAUAUGAAUCUGUUUUUUAUGUAUCUGGCAUCAAACUGGAGAUUUUUCAGAAGGUCAUUCACUUUAUUGUUAAUUUUAGAGCCUGAGAUAUAAGUUGUUCUCCUCAUGGGUGAAUCCAGAGGACUCGGCAAACAUCAGCAAUCGAUCCAUUUCAACAGUGUUGACUUGAAGUUUCUCAUUAAUGUGUUUCACCAUAGAAUACCCACACACCCUUAGCAGCUCCGGAACAAACACAUCCAGAGGGAUCUGAUCACAAUUGGUCAAUGCUAAGUGCAGGUGUGAACACACCCUUAUGCGUCCUCAAUGCUUCCUGAGAUCUGCUCACUGGAGGUGGUGUGGGACGCAUGUGGCCACAUAUGAAGGACUGCCUACUCAGCUGACUUCCUCUGACCUGCUACAGUUUAAACAUAUUUUUACACUUGUCAGAAUCCGUACAUUCAGAAUCCGCCAGCAACCCAAUAUCAACACUUACCACCGAAUGAUGACUGAUACUUUAUUUAUAAUUCUUCGUAGAAGAGCUGCACAUUCAUUCAGUCCCUCUUGUCUCCUCUCGUUGUCUUUCUGUCACUCGCUCAUGCCUACAUAAACAUUGUCAUCGGACACAUUUGUCAACUCAAACUGGGUAAAAACAAUAUAAUUUGGUCUUUGCAAACACAAAUAAAGUCCUUGAUUAUUUGCAUUUAGAGCAGAGAAGUGAGAUCUAAACACAAGUGGUCACAGGAGACGCAUGCAGGACACAUUUUAAUGCCAGGUUUCAACAGAGAAACUUAACGCUGUCUUCUUGUGAGUGCAUCUCUGAGGACUGAUGUUAAAACCAGGUCUGAACAGGACUAUUCGUUCAGUGGCUGUAAUAAUCAGCACAGCUAUAAUCGGACGAUGUAAACAAUUUUUUUAUUUAACAGACUAUGCAAAUUACUUAUCUGUGUAUGGUUGUGGGUUAAUGACCCUCCCACGUAUUCUGAACAGUUUUCAAUGUGAUGCAUUGUAAAUAUAUAAUAGUGUGCUGCUCAACAGAUUUGCAGUUGUUCCCAACAUCAUUCAAGAAAUAAAAUUAUAUUUUUGAUUAAAAUUGA